CUCGAAAGUUUCCGCCUGGAGCUACAUUUGUUGUGCAGAACACUGCAGUUAACUGACGUCUUGUGAACAUAUUCUAGUUUUGACACAUGCAAACAACAUAAAGUACAUAUAUUUAGCAGCUGGUGAAACAGGUUGGUGUAUUUACGUCACUAACUGUAAACUAUUUCAGUGUUUGUUUUGAGGAUAAAAGUGCUGGGCCGCAUUGGUUACCGUUAGCCAGCUACUGUAGCUGCUAUGCUAACUAUCUGAAACCACUCAGUCGUAACGUUAGCAUCUAGUCGGCUAGCUAUCUUUUGGUUUUUAGUUUCAGUGCUUAGCUAGCUACAUAUCGGAGAUUUAGCUAGUUUGCUAGCAAAUGUGUCACAGUGAUGUCUGCUUUCUAGCGACUCGAUUAAAGAUGCCAAUAUCAUGGCUAAUGUUUAAAAAUAAAUAAUAUUAACUAACGUUACAGUAGAUAGCAAGAUAAAUCCAUUCAUUGGCAGUUUAUGCAUGAAUUAUAGUUAUUUGGCUGGCCAGCCAGGUAUCCAGUGAUAGUAGGCUACUAGUAUAUGAAAGACACAGCACAUCUACACAUUUACCACACUGAUCUCAUUGACUAUCUCACUAUUCCCCCCCCACUCAUACUCCCCACCCUACUCAUACUCCCCCCUCUCUCUCACUCCCCUCUCUCUUCAUCCCUCAGCUCUCUGUAGUCAGGUGUCAUGAUGACCACCAUCGUCCAUGACACCACUGAGGCGGUGUGUCUGUGUCAGGAGUACAACCUGUUCCUGAAACCCAUCGCCAAGAUGACUGUGAGUGAUACACACACACACUGUCACAUACACUUGGACCUGAAGUAGUUAAACGAGCAUCUCCAACUUAACGUAUUUGACUUCCAGGUGAGCAUGUAAUACAGUGCUAUGUAUUGUAUGAUUUCUCUUUCAGGUGAGUGUGGCACUGCCCCAGCUGAAGCUGCCUGGGAAGAGCAUCUCUAACUGGGAGGUGAUGGAGAGGGUGAAGGCCAUGGUAGCUCCUGAACAGUUUUCUGCCCUCAGGUAGGCAUGGGCCCUAUGGGCAAUUCCACAAUAAGUGAUGCUGAGACUCAAACAUAAACCAAUGAUUGCAAAACAAACCAUACAACUCUAUGCACAAGGACGUCUUUUAACAAUUUCCAAUGAAAAUGUUACAAAAACACAUUUACUUGAAGAACAGUUCAGAUGUAACAGAAUGACGGUUUGUGCUGUUUGUGCCGUCAUUCUGUUACCAAACUUUGCAUCUGCACUGUUCUUCAAGGAAACUGUUAAAAUUAUUAAUUGGUCAUGGAGUUGUAUGGUUUGUUUAACUUUGCAACCAUUGGUUUUUAUUUGAAAUACAUUUUAAAGUGAAACAUUUUAGUCUCAGCAUCACCCUGUUACCAUGGAAUUGCCCCUAUCCAUACAAACACAUUCAUACUGUUAUAGUCAUAGGUCACAUAUUUUUUAUGUGUGUCGUUAUAGCAAUAGCCAAGCUAAUAACUCUACAAUAACCAACAGUAAAACCAUGACAAUACUGAUAAUACGGCCAAUGGGUUGCCUGGUAUCAAUAUUUUCUGGUACUGAUAUAUGAAUUGUAUGGAGAGGUAAACGUCCCACCUCUGUCUCUCCCCAGGAUCUCUAAGAGCACCAUGGACUUCAUUCGCUUUGAGGGCGAGGUGGAGAACAGAGGGGUUGUGAAGAUCCUGCUGGCCAAACUGGACGGGAAGAGCAUCAAACUCAGCGGCUUCACUGACAUACUCAAGGUAGCUGAGCUAAUGUUAUGUAGGCCUGAAAAUGUAAGGGGGAAACGUAAAGUGUAACAAUCUGUAUUUUUUGUGACAGACUGCCUUCCCCAGGUUCUUGCAAAACAGAACUCUCUUUCUCCCAAUCAACUGAUAAUAAUGAAUAAUUUCUCCCUGGUCUGUGGGGUGUCCAGGUGCGUGCGGUAGAGAAUAAGAUGGACUUCCCAACACGUUACGACUGGGACUCGUUCUUCCGUGACGCCAAGGACAUGAACGAUACUGUUCCAGGGGAGAGGCCAGACACCAUCCACCUGGAGGGCCUGCCCUGCCGCUGGUUUAUCCUGCCUGACGGACCCCCCGACCGGCCCUCCGAGACCGCCCUGCAGGCCAUCUUCCAGGUAGGGAGGGACGCACCAUAUACCUAGCAAUCAAUCACUCAAUCCACCAUCGAUUGGUCAAUCAAUCACCCUAACACACCCCCACUAACCCUAACACGCACACCCCCUAACCGUACAUCUCCUCCCAGGGUUUUGGUCCGGUGCGUCACGUGGACAUCCCAAUGCUGGACCCGUACAGAGAGGAGACACUGGAUAAGAACUUCAACACCUUCACCUUCGGUGGCCAUCUUAACUUUGAGGCUUACGUCCAGUACCAGGAGUACGAUGGCUUCGCCAAGGCCAUGGACACACUGAGAGGCAUGAAGCUCAUGUACAAAGGAGAGGACGGCAAAGCUGUAGCCUGCAACAUCAAGGUAUUGAACUACACUCACUAUCCACACUACAGGCACACACAUACACUGUGUGUACAAAAUAUUAAGAAGACCUUACUAAUAUUGCAUUGCAUCAGCCCUUUUGCCCUCAGAACAGCCUCAAUUCUUCAGGGCAUGGACUCAUGGUGUCGAAAGCAUUCUUGAUACACACAAACUUUUGAGCGUAAAAAACCCAGCAGCUUUGUAGUUCUUGACACAAACCGGUGUGCCUGGCACCUACUACCAUACCUCGUUCAAAGGCACUUAAAUAAUUUAUAUUGCCCAUUCACCCUCUGAAUGGCACACAUACAGAGUCCAUGUCUCAAUUGUCUCAAGGCUUAAAAAUCAUUAUUUAACCUGUCUCCUCCCCUUCAUCUACACUGAUUGAAGUGGAUUUAACAGGUGACAUCAAUAAGGGAUCAUAGCUUUCACCUGGUCAGUCUAUAUCGUGUAAAGAGCAGGUGUUCUUAAUGUUUUGUACACUCAGUGUAUAUAAACACACUAAGAGGGAUGAAACCCUAAUAGAAGAGAGAGGAGGGUAAGGCUGUGUUAGAUUUGGGUUAGGGUUGAGGGGAUUGUCCUGUUGUGUGUUAGUUAAUGAGAAGGGCUGUUUAGAGAGAGGGUUAGAGUCAGUACAGAAAGGCUUGUGUAGGGCAACAGGUUUAAGGCCUUUUAGUGAAAUGAAAGUCAGGGCUGUAUUAUCAUUCCAAGGAUCACUGGGCUAAACCAGAGACCUGGUCCCUAAUCCAGAACUAAGCCAUACUGCCUUAAUGAAGAGGAUGGAGAGAAAGAGGGAGGGGUGUAGGUAGAAAUGAGGAGAGAGAGCUGAGUGUCUAAUCCACGGGGGUCAAAGCCUCUCAACCCAAAUGAAGAGAAUGAAGGGAGGGGAUGAGGAGAGAGGGGGUGGAAGGAGGAGAGUAGCAUGUCUGUCUGUCUUUUUGUCAGGUGACCAGAGUGUCACUAGUGCACUCUACAGUCCUACCCCAACUCUAAUCAGGUGAACCACUCAGCUAACUGUCUGUCUGUCAGGUGACCUUUGACACCAGUAAGCACCUGAGUGACGUGGCUCUGAAGAGACGCCAGCAGGAACGACUGAGAAUACAGGAGCUGGAGAGACAGAGGGAGGAGCAGAAACGCAGAGAGAAGGAGGAGGAGGAGAAACGCAAGGAGGAGGAAAGGUAUGCUGAGAAAAAGAGAAGAAGCAAUGUGCUUUGUCUGAAAACAGUGUCCCCUGUCUAUCUAAUCCUUUCUUCAUUACUGGCCCUACCGUUUUCCUAGUCCUUGUUUCUUAAGUGUCUCUACCGUGAUCUUCGUCAUGGUGAUGGGUCCUAGGCCGGGAUUCAGUCCGAACCUCGCAAUAGCACAGGUCAAUAUACAGACGACAAAGCGGCUUUCAAAGGCAUUUGCCCGACGUUUGCAGGGAUUACUUUCAUGGUAAACACUGUGUCAGCUCAACCGUAAAUUACUUAGUCUUCAAGUGUGUAGAGGGGAGCUUCCACCAUAUUGCGGUCACCCAUCCAGUCCUUCAGAUCUACAAACAGAAAGUAGUAGGAACCAGUGGCGGCAGUGACGUUUAAGAUGAGGGAGGACGAUUCUUUUUUUAACGCGCAUUGCCUUAUUUCUAGUACAGCAUAUUGGAUUACUGUCAUUCAUAUUCCAUUCACGCAGCUCAAUGUAACAUCGAUAGGUUUAGGUUACUACAUGAUUCUAAAAUUUUCCCUAUACCCAUCAUGAGGUUGGUACAACCUAGGCUGUGAAUUAAAACCUACAGCGUAGGUGCACAGGUCGAUAGAAAUUUGACUAAUCAAGGUGACAGACAUUGACACAUUCAAUAUCGCCUUGCACAAUCUUGCCUGCAUCUUGCUGAUCUAGGGUGUAAUCAUUGGUCCAACAGUUACAAACAAGAGUUUCUAUUGGACAAAUUCAGGUAUGUUUAUCCCCGUUUCGUUCCAUUUGCUUCAGUUUAAGAAAAGUCUUUCAACACAAUCGGCGGAAUGAAUACACUCCUGAUCACACGCAAACACAGUUCACUGUCAUAGCAGCCACAUACAAACAGCAUGAUCCCUUUGAUCAUUGGAUAAUUCCUUCUUGCAUCUACACGCUCUCCUCUCACCUUUUCCCUUCGCUUAAGGACUUACGUUUACGUCAUUUAGCAGACGCUCUUAUCCAGAGCGACUUACAAAUUGGGGCAUUCACCUUAUAGCCAGUGGGAUAACCACUUUACAAUAUGUUUUUUUCUUUCUUUGGGGUGGGAUAAGGGGGGUAGAAGGAUUACUUUAUCCUAUCCCAGGUAUUCCUUAAAGAGGUGGGGUUUCAAGUGUCUCCGGAAGGUGGUGAGUGACUCCGCUGUCCUGGCGUCGUGAGGGAGCUUGUUCCACCAUUGGGGUGCCAGAGCAGCGAACAGUUUUGACUGGGCUGAGCGGGAACUGUGCUUCCGCAGAGGUAGGGAGGCCAGAGGUGGAUGAACGCAAUGCCCUCGUUUGGGUGUAGGGACUGAUCAGAGCCUGAAGGUAAGGAGGUGCCGUUCCCCUCACAGCUCCGUAGGCAAGCACCAUGGUCUUGUAGCAGAUGCGAGCUUCAACUGGAAGCCAGUGGAGUGUGCGGAGGAGCGGGGUGACGUGAGAGAACUUGGGAAGGUUGAACACCAGACGGACUGCGGCAUUCUGGAUGAGUUGUAGGGGUUUAAUGGCACAGGCAGGGAGCCCAGCCAACAGCGAGUUGCAGUUAUCCAGACGGGAGAUGACAAGUGCCUGGAUUAGGACCUGUGCUUCCUGUGUGAGGCAGGGUCGUACUCUCCGAAUGUUGUAGAGCAUGAACCUACAGGAUCGGGUCACCGCCUUGAUGUUAGCGGAGAACGACAGGGUGUUGUCCAGGGUCACGCCAAGGCUCUUUGCACUCUGGGAGGAGGACACAACAGAGUUGUCAAUCGUGAUGGCGAGAUCAUGGAACAGGCAGUCCUUCCCCGGGAGGAAGAGCAGCUCCGUCUUACCGAGGUUCAGCUUGAGGUGGUGAUCCAUCAUCCACACUGAUAUGUCUGCCAGACAUGCAGAGAUGCGAUUCGCCACCUGGUUAUCAGAAGGGGGAAAGGAGAAGAUUAGUUGUGUGUCGUCUGCGUAGCAAUGAUAGGAGAGGCCAUGUGAGGAUAUGACAGAGCCAAGUGACUUGUACACAACACAUCAGCUGUCUGUGAUCAGGCGGAAAAAACUUUCCAAGCCAAACCUUCAUAUCAUAACCGCUAACCACUACACACAGCCUACAUCGUUCUCACCAUAUUAGCUAACGUCAAGUUAACAUAGCUACUAGAACUAACGUGUUAGUAAACCCGCUACAAUCAUGCAGUACAGUUAGCAAGCAGUUUAGCAGUUACACCGGCAGGCCCCGGGUGGCAAUAAAUUAAUAAAACCAAAAGGUUACCUUGACUUGGAAGAGUUCCAGUGUUGGAUAGCCAGCUAGGUAAGAUAGCAUCCCUCACUGUUUGAGCCGGGUGUUUGAAUAGGCUAAAUUAGUUAGCUGCAUUCGCUAGCUACAGUGGGGGAAAAAAAAGUAUUUAGUCAGCCACCAAUUGUGCAAGUUCUCCCACUUAAAAAGAUGAGAGAGGCCUGUAAUUUUCAUCAUAGGUACACGUCAACUAUGGCAGACAAAAUGAGGGAAAAAAAUCCAGAAAAUCACAUUGUAGGAUUUUUUAUGAAUUUAUUUGCAAAUUAUGGUGGAAAAUAAGUAUUUGGUCACCUACAAACAAGCAAGAUUUCUGGCUCUCACAGACCUGUAACUUCUUCUUUAAGAGGCUCCUCUGUCCUCCACUCGUUACCUGUAUUAAUGGCACCUGUUUGAACUUGUUAUCAGUAUAAAAGACACCUGUCCACAACCUCAAACAGUCACACUAUGGCCAAGACCAAAGAGCUGUCAAAGGACACCAGAAACAAAAUUGUAGACCUGCACCAGGCUGGGAAGACUGAAUCUGCAAUAGGUAAGCAGCUUGGUUUGAAGAAAUAAACUGUGGGAGCAAUUAUUAGGAAAUGGAAGACAUACAAGACCACUGAUAAUCUCCCUCGAUCUGGGGCUCCACGCAAGAUCUCACCCUGUGGGGUCAAAUUGAUCACAAGAACGGUGAGCAAAAAUCCCAGAACCACACGGGGGGACCUAGUGAAUGACCUGCAGAGAGCUGGGACCAAAGUAACAUAGCCUACCAUCAGUAACACACUACGCCGCCAGGGACUCAAAUCCUGCAGUGCCAGAUGUGUCCCCCUGCUGAAGCCAGUACAUGUCCAGGCCCGUCUGAAGUUUGCUAGAGUGCAUUUGGAUGUUCCAGAAGAGGAUUGGGAGAAUGUCAUAUGGUCAGAUGAAACCAAAAUAGAACUUUUUGGUAAAAACUCAACUCGUCGUGUUUGGAGGACAAAGAAUGCUGAGUUGCAUCCAAAGAACACCAUACCUACUGUGAAGCAUGGGGUGAAAACAUCAUGCUUUGGGGCUGUUUUUCUGCAAAGGGACCAGGACGACUGAUCCGUGUAAAGGAAAGAAUGCAUGGGGCCAUGUAUCGUGAGAUUUUGAGUGAAAACCUCCUUCCAUCAGCAAGGGCAUUGAAGAUGAAACGUGGCUGGGUCUUUCAGCAUGACAAUGAUCCCAAACACACCGCCCGGGCAACGAAGGAGUGGCUUCGUAAGAAGCAUUUCAAGGUCCUGGAAUGGCCUAGCCAGUCUCCAGAUCUCAACCCCAUAGAAAAUCUUUGGAGGGAGUUGAAAGUCCGUGUUGCCCAGCGACAGCCCCAAAACAUCACUGCUCUAGGGGAGAUCUGCAUGGAGGAAUGGGCCAAAAUACCAGCAACAGUGUGUGAAAACCUUGUGAAGACUUACAGAAAACGUUUGACCUGUGUCAUUGCCAACAAAGGGUAUAUAACAAAGUAUUGAGAAACUUUUGUUAUUGACCAAAUACUUAUUUUCCACCAUAAUUUGCAAAUCAAUUCAUUAAAAAUCCUACAAUGUGAUUUUCUGGAAAAAAAUUUUCUCAUUUUGUCUGUCAUAGUUGACGUGUACCUAUGAUGAAAAUUACAGGCCUCUCUCAUCUUUUUAAGUGGGAGAACUUGCACAAUUGGUGGUUGACUAAAUACUUUUUUUCCCCACUGUAAGUGAAAAAAAUAUGAAAUAUAGCUCGCUCUCGCUCUCUUGCUUCUUAAUUUUUUAAGAAAUGAAUUUGUUCAAAACUGUUCAACUAUUGUCUUUCUCUCUCUUUCAGUAAACUACUCACCACAUUUUUUGCACUGCAGUGCUAGCUAUCUGUAGCUUAUGCUUUCAGUACUAGAUUCAUUUUCUGAUCCUUUGAUUGGGUGGACAACAUGUCAGUUCAUGCUGCUGCAAGAGCUGUGAUCGGUUGGAUGACGAAUAAUUACUGUGUAAGUCUAUGGAAGGGGGUGAGAGCCACGAGCCUCCUAAGUUUUGUAUUGAAGUCAUUGCACCUAGAGGAGGACAGUAACUAGUUGUCCUGCGGCUACACCAUGGUGCUACCUUACAGAGUGCUGUUGAGGCUACUGUAGACCUUCAUUGCAAAACAGUGUGUUUUAAUCAAUUAUUUGGUGCUCUGACUAUAUUUAUAGUUUUAUCCAAAAAGGAUACCUUUUUAAAUGUUUCACUAUUUUUAUUUGUAUGAAAUUGGUCCUCCUCUGAAAUGCCUCCACUGGUAGGAACUAGGCUACUGGGGCCUGUAUUGGUUGACAGUAGCAGAACUAUGUAUUAGACUAGAUGAUGAACCAUGCUUCUGCUGUGGUUGUAGGAAACAGAAGGAGGUGGAGGAGGAGGAAAAGGUGCGGAGAAAAGAGGAGAGGAUACGGAAACGAGAGCAGAAGCUGAGAGAGAAGGAGGAGAAGAGGAACAUAAAGAAGGUGAAGAGGAGGCAGGAGGCGGAGCAGAAGAAGUUGCAGAUGAAGAUCGCGGCGGAGGAGAGAAGGCUGUUGUUAGCUCAGAGGAACCUGGAGUCUAUACGCCUUAUCGCUGAACUACUGAGCAGGGCCAAGGUACACACACGACUACAGACACUUGAUACAUGGCGCCAUUGAACAUUCAAUACGGAAACAUGCUGAUAGGAACCACUUAAUAAUUUCUCUCUCCCUUCCCUCAGGCUCUGAAACAGCAGCAGCAGGAGAAAGAGAGAGCGGCGAGAGAGGAGCGAGAGAAGGAGGAGUUAGCCAGGCAGAAGGAGGAGUUUGCCAGGCAAAAGGAAGAGUUAGCUCGGCAGAAGCAGCUGAAGGCCUGCAGGCGGGAGCAGGAGGCGGAGCUGAGACGUGUGGAGUUAGAGAAGGGGCGUGCCUUGGAUCUGCAGCGCAGAGAGCGAGAGCUGAGGGAGAGACUGGUUGGUAAUCUGCUGAAGAAGGCUGGAGGAGAGGGAGAGAACCAGACCUCCACCACCCAGCCGUCAGCCCUGACCAUGCCCAGGGGAGACAGCUCCGACCUGGGGAAGACGGCCAGGGCCCUGGGUGUGAACGGGGUUAGACCAAGGGGAGAGGAGAGACCCAGAGCUACCGUACGAUCACACGUCCACGAGAAACAGAUGGGAGAGAGGGGGGAGAGGCGAGGAGAAUGGGAGGAGAGGAGAGGAGAAUGGGAGGAGAGGAGAGGGGGCAGAAAGGACAGGAAAGGAGGCAUGGAGGAGAGGAGCGGUUAUGGGUUGAGAAGCAGAGCGGUGAGGGAGAGGAGUCGGUCCCACAGCCGGGGCAGGAGGAGGUACAGCCACAGCUGGAGACGCAGUGGUAGCAGGAGAAGAAGAAGCUCUAGUAGAAAGAGGAGUGAUAGUCGGAGGAGGAGAAGCGAUAGCAGACGGAGGAGAAGGCGUAAUUCUAAGAUGAGAAGCUAUAGCAGGAGGAGGAGUGGUAGUCGUAUCCACAGGAGACGCAGUCACCAUGGACGGGGCCGCAGCAGCAGGAGCACCAGCCGUGAUUGGAGCAGAAGCUCUAGUGGGAGGAGCCACAGCAGAGGGAGGAGGAGCCAUAUACAUAGUCGACAUAGAGACAGCAGAUCUAGUAGCAGCAGCUCUAGGAGUAGAGAGAGGAGCUGGGAGAAAGACAGGAGCAGGGAGAAAGAGAGGAGCAGGGAGAAAGAGAGGAGCAGGGAGAAAGACAGGAGCAGGGAGAAAGACAGGAGCAGGGAGAAAGACAGGAGCAGGGAGAAAGACAGGAGCAGGGAGAAAGACAGGAGCAGGGAGAAAGACAGGAGCAGGGAGAAAGAGAGGAGUAGAGACGGGAGCAGCGAUCAAGACAGGGACUCCAGGAAGCGUAGUGGUAGUCGUUCUCAUUCCAGACGACACUAA